AUGUCUUCCGAUAAUUCCGUUUCUAGUUUUGUGUCUAGAAACAAGACAGCUAUUAUAGCUACGGCAGCGGCCGGUUCUGCAGCCAUUGGUGCAUAUUAUUACUAUCGUCAGGCUCAGAGAGCAGCUCUGGAUGAAGAUGAGAAAGGUGCAGAAGGCUCUGAGAGUUCUAAGAAGAAAAAGAAGAACAAGAAGAAGAAGAGCGGUGAGAAUGGUGGUACACCAGUGUAUCCUGUGGGUCAAAAUGGUGAACCUCUACUUGAGAACAUCGAGGAGCUUUCUCAGGAGUUGAGAGAGACUUAUGCGACUGCUUUGAAGGAUAGGGGUAAUGAGUUUUUCAAGAAAAAGGAUUAUGAUAAUGCUCUGAAAUACUAUAACUAUGCUUUAGUGGUUAAGAAGGAUCCUGUUUUCUACUCUAACAUCUCUGCAUGUUAUGUUUCUUUGGGUCAAUUGGAUAAAGUUGUCGAGAACAGUACUAAGGCACUUGAACUGAAACCAGAUUAUUCCAAGGCUUUGCUCCGUAGAGCGUCGGCUAACGAGAGUUUGGAAAAUUACGCUGAUGCUAUGUUUGAUCUUUCUGUGUUGUCGUUGAACGGUGACUUCAAUGGGUCUUCCAUUGAACCCAUGUUGGAGAGAAACCUGAACAAACAAGCAAUGUUUGUGUUGAAGGACAAGUUAGGCAACAAUGUCAGCCAACAACUGCCUUCAAACACUGCUUUGGCUUCUUUCUUUGGUAUUUUCCCACCAGAGACCACUUUUGCUAACUACAAUGAAAAUGACGAAGCCGACGUUGGAUUGAAGAAUGGGUUGGAGGAUCUAUACAAGCGCUCUUCCGAAGGUUACAAACUUGCUGAUGAAGCAUUCGUAAAGUCCGCUUCUUUUUUCACCAACAAGUUGAGUGAAUUCCCUGAUGACGCCGUUUUGAAGGAAAAGACUGCAAUUGCUUUGGAACAUAAUGGUAUCUUUAAGUUUUUGAAGAACGAUCCUUUGGAAGCUCACGACGAUAUCGAAAAGGCUAUCCAACUACACCCAAGAUUGAACUCAUACAUUUACAUGGCUCUAAUAAUGGCUGAUAAGGGUCAAGCAGAGGAAUACUACCAAUACUUUGACAAAGCUAUCGCACUAGAUCCAAACUAUGGCCCUGCAUACUACCACAGAGGUCAAAUGUAUUACAUUACCGGUCAAUACGAAAAGGCAGGUAAAGACUUCGACAAGGCUAAGGAAUGUGAUGAAAACAACAUUUUCCCUUACAUUCAAUUGGCUUGUCUAGCGUACCGUGAAGACAAAUUUGACGACUGUGAAACCUUGUUCAGUGAAGCUAAGAGAAAAUUCCCAACUGCUCCAGAAGUCCCAAACUUUUAUGCUGAAAUCUUGGGCGAUAAAGGUGAUUUGGAAGCUGCUUUGAAACAGUACGAAAUUGCUAAAAGAUUGGAAGAAGCUCUAGACGGCAUUCAUGUUGGUGUGGCUCCAUUGGUCGGUAAAGCCACUUUGUUGGCCAGGCAACCAAGUGUCGAAAACUUUCGUGAGGCUACUUUGUUGCUAGAAGAAGCUUGUAGAAGAGAUCCUACUUCCGAACAAGCAAAGGUCGGUUUGGCACAAUUGAAGUUGCAACAGGAAGAAGUCGAUGAAGCUAUCAAUCUGUUUGAAGAAGCUGCCAACUUGGCAAGAACUGUCGAUGAAAAACUUCAGGCUACUACCUUUGCGGAAGCUGCUAAAGUUCAAAAGAGAAUCAAGGCUGACCCGGUUGUCAGCGCUAAGAUUGAAGAAACUCUGGCUGCUUACCGUGCUCAGGGUAUGAUGUAG